ACUAAGCGUGAGUGUGUGCGUGUGUGUGUGUGAGUGAGAAAGUGACGAAUUACUUUUCAUCAAAUGGGAAAUAAUUUAGUUUGAAAACACGUAUCUAUCCAAAGCAGAGGAAAAAAUUUCAGUUGUGAAACAAUUUAAACUACAACACAAACUAAUUCGGCGCAGGAAACACAACCCGAAAACACAACAACUACACCAGCGAAAUGGCGGAAGGCGGCAGCAAGCGCAUCAACGUGGUUGUAAAAACGCCAAAGGACAAGAAGACGGUCGAGGUUGACGAAGAUUCUGGAAUAAAAGACUUCAAAAUUCUGGUUGCACAAAAGUUCGAGGCGGAGCCCGAGCAGUUGGUGCUCAUUUUUGCCGGCAAAAUUAUGAAGGACACGGACACGCUCAAGAUGCACAACAUCAAGGACAACCUGACGGUGCACCUGGUGAUCAAGGCGCCCACGCGCAACAACGAGGUGCCAGCGCGCCAGCCGGCGGAUGUCCGGCAGACGCCCUUUGGCCUGAACCAGUUUGGAGGACUGGCCGGACUGGAGGCACUGGGCGCCGGGUCGAACACCUUCAUGGACCUGCAGGCGCGCAUGCAGAACGAGCUGCUCAACAACGGCGACAUGCUGCGCUCCCUAAUGGACAACCCGCUGGUGCAGCAGAUGAUGAACAACCCGGACACCAUGCGCCAACUGAUCACGUCCAAUCCGCAGAUGCAGGACCUAAUGCAGCGAAACCCCGAGAUCUCGCACAUGCUCAACAACCCGGACCUGCUGCGCCAGACGAUGGAGCUGGCCCGCAAUCCCUCGAUGCUGCAGGAGCUGAUGCGGUCGCACGACCGGGCCAUGUCCAACCUGGAGUCGGUGCCGGGCGGCUACAGUGCCCUACAGCGCAUCUACCGCGACAUCCAGGAGCCGAUGAUGAACGCGGCCACCGAGUCCUUCGGUCGCAAUCCCUUCGCCGGGCUGGUCGACGGAGGCGGCGGCUCGGGGGCCGGCAUCAAUCCGCAGCAGGGCACCGAGAACCGGAAUCCGCUGCCCAAUCCCUGGGGUGGCGGCGGCGGCGGCGGCACCAAUUCGGCCACAAACGGCACGGGCAGUGGCACUGGGACGGGCAACCGAACGGGGGCUGAUCUGCCGCCGAACAAUGUCCUAAAUACGCCGGCCAUGCGGAGCCUGCUGCAGCAGAUGGCCGACAAUCCGGCCAUGAUGCAGAACCUGCUGAACGCCCCGUACACGCGUUCCAUGAUGGAGUCCAUGUCACAGGACCCGGACAUGGCCUCGCGCCUGCUCAGUAGCAGCCCGCUCCUGUCCAACAAUUCCGCCCUGCAGGAGCAGGUGCGCCAAAUGAUGCCGCAGUUCAUGGCCCAGAUGCAGAACCCCGAGGUGAUGAACAUGCUGACCAAUCCGGACGCGAUGAACGCCAUCCUGCAGAUCCAGCAGGGCAUGGAGCAGCUGCGCAGUGCGGCCCCCGGUCUCGUUGGCACGCUUGGCAUUCCGCCGCCGCCGCCGGGCGUCAACUCCGGCACGGAUCCGGCCAGCGGCGAUGGCAGCGGCGGCGCCACCACCAACAACGUCUCGCCGAGCAGUGGCCUCAACGCAGGCAAUCCCGCCGCCGGAGGACCAAGUCUGGCUCCGGGCGGUGGUCCCAAUGCGCAGCUCUUCAACGACUUCAUGGUGCGCAUGCUCAACGGGAUGUCCAACAAUGCGGACAGCACGCAGCCGCCGGAAGUGCGCUACCAGUCGCAGCUGGAGCAGUUGGCAGCGAUGGGCUUUGCCAACCGGGAUGCCAACUUGCAGGCUCUGAUCGCCACCUUUGGGGACAUCAAUGCGGCGGUAGAGCGAUUGCUGUCCCUCAACCAGUUGUCCCUGAGUUAACAACGCUAAGCCAUUUCCAAACUGUACACAACCUGUCUAUAUAUCUACGAACUACAUAUAUAUCUACCACUAUAGCCCUGGAGAACGCGAAUGAGAACCACAGCGAGAAAACGAUGAGAAAGGGGCACAAUGGGGUCCUUCUUCUAAAAACAUCAGACAUCAGACAUUGGACAUCGGACACACAAAUUGAUUGCUUAAUCCCCCAUCGUGCCGGAAAUAUCUUGAAUCCUUUAUGCCCACACCAACCACACACAUCCUGUGCCACAGUAGACAGACAACGGCAAACGAGCAUAGGAGCCUAGAGAACGGAGAGGUAUUUGAAGCGAUAUGUCGCCGGUAAGGAAGAUAGAUAGAGAUACCAAAGUGUCGGCACUUGUGUAGUUGAUAUAAAUUUUUUUUUUUUUAAUUAUUUACUUUUCGAGAGCUCACGAGACACCUGAGAACCCUUAAAGCGGAAAUUUCUUGAAUAUGCACAUGUGCAGCAUAUAGCUGCACACCCACACACACCGACACACACACACUUUAGAAACAAAAACAUUUCACGCGUUUUACACUUUUGGCAGAGAACUUUGAUGUUUUUCAAUAAAUCGAGCCGGUUUGUGCUCCUCCUUGUCAUUAUCAA